ACUAGUUGGUUAAAAGCAAAGGGACUAGUCAUUGGUAGAUUGAGUCAGCUUCUUGUCUAAUUAAAUUAUUGUGAGCAGGGAAGGUCAGGGAGAAUUGCGUCUUAUAUCUAUUUGUGUUAUGCCAGUUUUGUGUUUAAAAAAGUUAAUGCAAUAACACAGUGUACAUUGGGGUUUUGUUUAAUAUUUUAGUUGUUACCAAAUUUUUAAAUAUGAUUUGGAAACUAAACUUGUGGAUCAGCACGUUAAUUUUCUGUGGCAUCACAUCAGCGAUUCCAGCUGAUAAGUUUUCAUCUUCAUUAUUAGGCGAUAAGGAGUGUUUGGAUGGGCCUACCUAUUGGUGCCAAAAUUUCACGACAGCUCGCCAGUGCAAUGCCAACCAACACUGCAUCCGCACUGUUUGGGAGCACCAGGUGUUGCCCCCUGACAAUGGAGAGAUCUGUGAUACUUGUAAGAAAAUGGUGGCCGAGGCAAGAGAUGAACUAAAGUCCAAUGAGACUCAGGAGAACUUGAAGCUGGUUCUAGAAGGUUCUUGUUUGAUCCUGAUCCCCAUCAAACCUCUUGCCCACGAGUGUGUCAAGCUUGUGGAUCAAGCCAUUCCUCAACUGAUCGAGGCCCUCUCAUCACAGAUGGAUCCUCAAGUUGUCUGCUCGGUUGCUGGACUCUGCAACAGCCGUCACAUUGAUCGCAUGUUGGCAAAUUAUAAGUUGCAGACAAAUGCUGCCAAGAGCUUGAAGCUGAAUUGUGACAACUGUGAAAUGGUUGCUGGAAUGGCCGAGAAGAACUUUCGAAGUGCUAGCAGGGAUCAAGUGCUCAAUGCCAUGCUGGAGAUGUGUGGAUCUAUGGGCAGUUUCUCAGACAGCUGUUCUGCCAUGAUCAUCGUUAAUUUCAACAAGUUGUACGAGAACCUGGCUGAGCGUCUGUAUCCAGGUGGUGUCUGUCACAUGGCUGGUGUGUGCAGUGAGAGGUACCAUAACCACACUAAGGCAGUAGAGGUGAAAGAGAUUCCACAACUUGAGGGAGACAUGCCUUGUGAACUCUGUGAACAAUUAGUCCAACACUUGCGAGACAUCAUGAUUGCCAAUACGACAGAACGGGAGUUUGAACAAGUUCUGCUGGGUAUUUGUGGCCAGACUAGAAGCUUCAAAAAAGAGUGUGUGGACUUGGUGGAGACAUAUUACCCAGUUAUUUAUGCUUUCUUAAGUGAAGAAUUGGAUGGUAAAGUUCUCUGCACUGAGAUAGGAAUCUGUCCUAAAACUGCUUCAUCAAUUCAUCCAUUGUACCCGCUGUUGCCUGCACAUGUCGCUGAGUCUCUGCAGAAAGAGUCCUCAGGGCUUCACCGAGUAUCUGUUACUACUUCAGGAGUUUCCGUACAUGCUGGAAUGCACUCACUGCAAGUGUCUGAAGCUCAGCUGCCAUUGGACAGCCUGGUGCUUGUGCCUGGUGACAAGAACUUGUGUCAGAUGUGCGAGUACUUCCUGCACUUCCUACAGAAUGAACUGACGAACCCAAUUAACGAACAGGUUUUGAUCAAGAAAGCAGAACAGGCUUGUAAUGAACUACCCGAUAAGUAUGCACCACUCUGUCGCAGCUUUGUAGACACAUACGCCUCAGCUGUCAUAGCUCUGCUGGCACAGGACAUUGACCCCUCUCAGGUUUGCCCUAACAUAGGAGUUUGUCCUGGAUUUUCUGACAGUCAAGUUGAAUGUGAGCCCUGCAAGACAACUGCUCUUAACUUGGUCAACAGUGUUGGUAGUAACACAUCUGAGGCGAACAUCAAUAAGGAACUGAUGACGCUGUGUCUAUCUCUGCCAUUCGAGGAGAGCCGUCAUUGCAGCCGAGUAGUCGCCUCACAUCACGAAGAGCUGACAGACAUGGUGCUGGCCGAGUUCACUAGUGAUGAGAUGUGCUUCUACAUGAAGUACUGCACCCCAACUCCCUCAGCAGUGGUCACUCUGUCCGGUGGAGAUGUGGAGACAAAUGAGAUCCCACAGACAUGGGCCGAUGAGAGACAUGACAGUGACAUCUGUGUGAUGUGCGAGUUUGUUCUCAAAACUCUUGAGAAGGAUUUACAAGACAAGAAAACUGAGGCAGAGAUCCGUGAGGCUGUAGAGCAUGUUUGUUUCGUGAUGCCAUCAACAGUUCGACCCAAGUGCAAGAGAUUCGUAGACCAAUACUCAGACCUGAUAGUCACACUUUUGGCUCAAUCCAUUGAACCCAAACAGAUAUGUCAGAUGCUGGGUGUAUGUUCCUCAUCUACAGGACUGGACUAUGUGCGGAAAUCAGUGAACAAAUGUGUGGUGUGCGAGUCUUUGAUGGGUGCCCUGCAGGGUGUCAUGGAGGACUCUGAUAUACAGAGAGAUCUGAACUGGCAGCUAGAGAAGGCUUGUCUCAACCUGCCUCACUCCAUGAGACGAGAGUGCCAAGACAUUGUGCGUCAGAUGGCUCCACAGAUUGAGGCAAUCAUAGCCGAGGUGCCUGUGGGCAUGUUAGUUUGUCGACGUUUGCAUCUCUGUGGUCAUGGCCAGACAGUAGAUCUGAUCAGCGUCGACAACUGUAGUAAGGGACCCGGCUACUGGUGUCAGAGCUCCAUGCAUGCUGCAAUCUGUCAGAAAAUUGAACAUUGUCAGAAGAAUGUUUGGCUGUCUGAAAAGCCCAGCAAGAAGAACUUUUCUCAUACCAAAAAAUUCAUCUUUUAGUUAUUUAGCAGUUUAUCUGAAUUUAAUAAAGUUAACGAUUUAUUUUUAUAUUUUUAAUAAAUAGUCACCACUAUUAAUAAGUAGCGACAUUUUGUGUUUGUAUUGUACAUAGGUUUGCAGAUUAUUUUGGGAUCUCAUGAAAUGACCUGUGAUGAUUAUGUUAAUCGAGAAAUGUACUGACUAAUUAACUGUGUGUUCUCAAUAAAUAAAAUUUUAUGUCAAUAA